AUGGCAACAUCAAUGAAUGAAAAUAAUGAACAAAAUCAAUCGAAUGUAGGUAUAUUAUUAAUAAUUGGCGAUAUUAUUUCAAAUCAACAACGUGAUGAAAUAUUUCAUUAUCUUAAUAAAGCAUUGAAACAUAUUGAUAAUAAUAAAUUUCAUGAAAUAGAAGAUCUUUUUAAUAAUUUAAUUCAUAGUGAUGAAUUUCAAACUGAUUCUCAAUAUCGACAAAUAAAAACUACAGAAAAUGGUUCAAUAGCUGGAUUUCUUUAUUUACCGAAUUUUCAUGCUGUAUUAAAUAUACUAAAAGAUUAUUUUAAUAGUUGUUAUUAUGUUUCAAUUAUUUUUUGUGGUCAACAAAUUGAUUCAAAUGGUUCAUUUAUUUUAUCUGAUUCAGUUUUAACUUCGGAUCAUUUUUCUAAUUUAUUUGAAGAUAAUUCUACAUAUAUUAUAGAAGAUUUACAAAUAAUAUUACCAUUUAUUUCACAUCAAUGGAUACGAUUAUUAAAACAAAAAUAUUUAAAAAAUAUUCAAAUUGAUGAUUUAUCAAAAGAAAUUAAUGAAGAAAAUUCAUUUGGAAAUAUAUUUUAUGAACGAUUAAUUCAAAUUUUAAAUAAAAAUACUAUUAAUUUUGAUAUUUAUAAUAAAUUAAUACCAAGAGAUAGUUCAGGAACAAUUGCUUUUGAUGAACCAAAUCUUUAUAUAUUAUAUGCACAACAAGGAGAAGCAUCAUUAUUUGGUAUUCGAGGUUUUGUUGUAUUAAUUAAUGGAGGUUUCAGGUAA